UAGGACAGCAGUAAUGAUUAUUUGUUUGAUGGUGUUAACUUAAAACUGCCACACACAGAAAAGGAUUAAUACCAUGCAUCUUAUGCUCACGCUAUUGUUUAUGUGCGGCCUAACAAUUGCUGACCCAGCUGCAAGAGGGCUCAUUUUUAACCUGGACAAUGGAGAACUGUGUCUACAAAGCGCUCAGUGCAAGAGCAAUUGCUGUCACAGGGAGGAUGGGUUGAGCCUUGCACGCUGUGCCCCUAAAGCAGCUGAAUCUCAGAUUUGUUCCCCAUUGCACAUAUAUGGAGUGUAUUAUUACUGUCCCUGUGAGAGCGGGCUGACCUGUGAAGUGGACAGAACUAUUGUCGGGACAGUCACCAACACAGACUACGGAUGGUGCAAGGAUCCAAAUGACAUUACAAAGGAGAUUUGAUUCAUGCUUUCUCAGACAUUCAACAGUUCUACAUCAAUUAAUGAACACAUAUAAACAGGUCUCCUAAAAUAUUAAUAUGUUGUAUUGAGCUCCUUAUGUAUACAAAUAUUUGUACUAACCACACCAAGUAUAUUAACAUACUGCCCUACUCUUUUCAUAAUAAGUAGUUCCCACCAAUAUUCACUUAAAUUGCUUCUUUAGAUAUUCAAAUAUAUGCAUUAAAAUAAAUAAAACAUGUACCAGCAUA